AUGGCCAUCGCUGUUGAAGGAGGCUUUAGUGCGGAUGGCGACCUAAUCGACCCCGCUGGGAAUUUUGCUGCCGUCGAGCCAACGAUUACCUAUCGGCUGUGUGUCUAUACACCCGCGGAAACAGCACCCGGAGGAACUGCUGCUCUUUCAAAAAGCCUUGCCGAGCUAUACCGCAGCAACAAGAGAAGUACCAAGCAUCAAGGACAGAAGCGCUCUGAGGUAGAAGAGGAGGACGAGGAGCAGCAACAAAGGUGGCGUAGUGACGUUCUUCUGCUGCAGCAGCUGCAGGAACAACAACUGCAGCAGCUGGCGUUUCUGUCGCUGGAAGACCCUGACGUACCUGCUGUCAUUGCUGCGAUGGCGAAGCGCCUGUGCGAGAUGAGGCAUAGAGUGGCUGACGCAGCGCCUUGUGCAGCUUGGGUGGAGGAGAUCUUCCCAAGCAAGUAUGCGGAAGACUUACCAGUUGUUCCGAAUCCACCAAGGAUUUCUCCUGCAAACUGGAAAUGUGCUGACUGCGGCGCCUCCACCAACCUCUGGCUGAACCUCUCUGAUGGAUUUAUUGGCUGUGGCCGGAAGCUCUACGGCGCAGGGGGAGGCUGUGCUGAUGGGCGAGAGGGAGCCGCCAUCAGACACUACAAGGAGACAGGGAGCAUCUACCCGCUAAUCGUAAAGCUUGGGACCAUUUCUCCCGACUCGGCAGAUGUAUUUUCUUAUGCCCCUGAUGAAGACAGCACAGUUAUCGACCCAAAGCUCCCAGAGCACCUUGCCAGAUUUGGUAUUGAGUCGCAGCAGCUGCGAAAGACGGAGCGUAGCACAAACGAGUUGGCGAUUGACUUGAAUUGCAAAUACGACUGGGCUUCCCUCACGGCUGCUGCAGCAGAACAAGCGCAGCUGCAGAGGGGCCCCGGCAGAGUGGGGCUUAGGAAUUUGGGGAACACAUGCUACGCAAAUGCAGUUCUCCAGGCCCUUUUCAGCGUGCGCCACUUCUGUGAGAAGUUCUUAUAUCUAUAUGAACCAAUGCUUUGCUGUCAAGGCCUCCAUACAGAAGCAGCUGCAGUCACAGACCCCUCCAAAUCUCUUUCCUUACAGCUGGGGGCUCUCGCGAUGGCGCUGCAGACGCGAAGGGCCUCUUUACAGAAGGCCUUGGGAUUGCAGCUACUACAGCAGGCGCUGCACAAGCAACACAUUGAAGUUGACGAGAGGCAGCUCUUGAGUGACUUGCCUUACCUGGUUCAUGACGCGGUAUCGCCUCUCUCGCUUCGCUCAAUAUUUGGGACUUUGCAUGCGGAAUUCGCAACCAGCAGACAACAAGAUGCAGAGGAGUUUCUGUCCCUUUUUCUCUCGUGGGUUGGGGAGAGGGAGUCCGGAGACAGGAGGCAACUGCAGCAGCUCAAGCGUUUGUUACAGUCUGGGAGCCCCUCUCCUACAGCAGCUGCUGCUGCCUCAAUGGGGAUUACCACGGAGACCGUAGAGGCAGCGGAAAGGGCCAUGAAGAAGGGGACGGUGGACUCUUUGUUCUCGUUCGGGGUAGAGCAGCGGCUGGAAUGCCACCAGUCACACAAAGUUCGCUACACCUACAGCCGCCAGCAGGUUUUAGCUCUGCCAAUCCCUGUGGAUAUACAGCAAUAUGAGGAACAGAGGGAGCAGCACGAGCAACAGGAUCAAAGACAGCAAAAGAGAAGGAAGGGGGUUGGAGGUACCCCUACAGAGUCAGACACAGGGACCGAUGCGGUCGUUGACGGCACGGAAACGGUGAGCUGUGCUGUUCGCGAUGAAUCCGAAGAGGCGGCGCCUGCUCCUCCCUCUGUUUCCUUCUCCAGGUGUAUCGCUGCAGCAGCGGCUGCUGCAACAGUAGAUGACUACCUCUCGCCCGCCACUGGGGAGAAAGGCAGCGCAGAGAAAACGCUCCGGCUGACAAAUUGCCCGGACUACCUCCUCGUUUUCCUAAAACGAUUUUAUAUCAGCGACCGGUGGAUCCCGAAAAAGCUCAAGUGCUCCGUUCAGAUUCCUGAUGAGGUGUCCUUUGAAGAGCUUCGCGCGUUUGGCCUCCAAUCUGACGAAGUAGAACUACCCGACACACCGCAGCAGCAGCAACAACAACACAACGGAAACUCUUUGGCGGCGGCCGCUGCUGCCGAAACGAUAGAUUCGGAAGUAAUGGCCACAUUGCAAUCUAUGGGCUUUUCCAGCAACGCUGCUCAACGAGCCAUUCGUGUCACUGGUGGAGCCUCCGCUGAGAGCUGCGUGGAAUGGCUGAUGGGCCACCUGGAUGAUCCGGAGAUAAACGACCCUCUUCCUGUCUCUUCUCCAUCCCAUGCACCAGCUGAUAGUAAAGGAGAACCAGACGCUGAAGCAGUUGCUAAUCUCACUGCACUUGGCUUUGAUGAACGAAGUGUACGCGCGGCUUUCCAUGCCACCAGGUGCCCUCCCUCGUCUGCCGGGGGGCCCAUGGGGUCUAUGGCACCUGCCAGUGGACUCUUUGAUGCCGGAAGAGCAGCAAACUGGCUGCUCUCUCAGGGUUCUGGUCUUGCUGCGGCAGUGGAUGAAGCACUUGCAGCCGCAGCAACUGCUGCAGCUGCCGCCGCUACAUUGGCAGAGCAGCAGAACGAAGACGCUCGCGAGCGUCAAGCAAGCGCAGCAGAGGAAGAGGGAUUGCCUCCUUUGGAGCGUUGCCGUCUAGGGCUUGGGGAUGGAGCAGGACGCUAUCACCUGUUUGGCUUUGUGACUCAUCUGGGCUCCAGUGUUUCGGGGGGGCACUAUAUCUGCCACGUGCGAGACGAGGAUGGAGGGGGCUGGCUGCAAUAUAACGAUGAUAAAGUUACGAAACUAAACUCCUGUAGCAGCGAUCAGGCAUAUAUACUGCUUUUCAAACGAGCACAUUCAGAUGCCAGAGACACCACGGAGAUGGGAACAGCAACCGAACCAGAAAAACCUUCAAGCCCAGGGUCAUUUACAGCAUGUGCUACUGCCACAGCUGUUGCGGCCUCACUAAGUUUUCUGCUGAAAGAGUUACGCACUCGGGCGCUCUUUCAGCUUUACGCAGUUUCCGCAGGAGCUAGAAACAAUAGCAAUAAAACCUUUAGUAAGAGUGGACGUGGGCAUUUUCGAACUCCUGCUGCUGUUGUUCUUUUUACUCUGCAAAGACGUGAACCGCGGGCACCUAAAGGGCAAACUGGCCCCUAG